AUGGCGGAUGUGGGAGAUCGGGGGAGGUCGCCGGGUGAUCCUCCGGAUGUAGGGAUGACAUGGGCAAAUAAGGUGGCAGGGCAGAAUGUGGGUGGUAGGUUAUCACCGGAGAAAGUGGUAGAUGCGGAGUUUGUGAGGGCAAGACUGAAUCUUGAGUUUCCGGAUGGAGAGGAUGGAGAGGCGGUCAUUACUAUAGGGCAGGAGGUUUUGGAUGCUAUGAAUGGACUUUGGAAGCAGUGUAUAGUGGUGAAAGUUCUCGGAAGGGAUGUACCGAUCACAAUGUUGACAAGGAGACUCAAAGAGAUGUGGAGACCAGAGAUCCUGAUGGGAAUAGCGCAAGGAGUCGGGAAGCCAAUUAAAGUGGACAUUACUACACUGAAUUUUGAAAGGGCUCGUUUUGCUAGGGUAUGUGUGGAAGUGGACUUGAACAAGCCAUUGAAGGGCUCUGUCAGGGUUAAUGGGGAGAGGUACUUUGUUGCCUAUGAAGGGCUAACAAACAUUUGUGCGGGUUGCGGGCUGUACGGGCAUGCAAUUCAUUCAUGCCCGAGAAGACCAGUGGAGGAGGAUGCUCUUGCUUGUGUGCCAAGUAAUGCAGUUUUGAAUGGGAAUGUGGGACAUAAGUCGGAUGUGGAGUUCACGAAGGUGAGCAGGGGUAGCAGGAAGACUGGACCGGUGCAGAAACUGGGUACGGUCGUGGCAGGGAGAGUGGAUAAGGAAAGGGAGAGAAAUUUACGGGAGAUUCCUCAAAAACAUUUGGUGAAUAUUACAAUCUCUAAUAAGUUUGGUGAGCUAGAAGUUGCCGAUAUUAUUGAGCCGAAGGAGAGGGAAAAGAAUAUUUGCUCUGCAGCAAAUAAGGAAAAUGCAGUUAUUCGAUUUAAUGUCCAAAAGGAGGCGGGACAGACACAUAACCGAGAAGAGAGGAAUGGGUCGUUUUUGGGCAAAGGUAAAGGGGCUCAAAGAGUUGGGCCCAUUGAGAAAAAAGCCCAACAAAACAGAGGAAGCUGGGUAUGUGCAGAGGCAACAGAGUCGGGGAAGUAA